AUGGCUCCGGCCAGAACACAAAUCAUAUCAAGACGCGGAAACCCGCAUGGGCCGAGGAAUGUGUGUCUCAUCGCGGCCAUGAUCAGUCGUGGGAACGGGGCCCGAUCGGGGCAACUAUUAAAGCCAGGGAUUGUUGGAUAUCGGGAUCGAUCGAUCGAUCCGGCCGCCGACUCACCGCGAGUGACGGUCGACAGACUUUCUGUGCCAACCCGGGUUGAGGAGUACGGUAGAUGUAGCUACCAAGGAAUACGGCCAGGGAAUACGGCCAGAGAAUACGGCCAGGGAAUACGGCCAGGGAAUACGGCCAAGGAUUAA